UUCGAGCCGUCGCGCGCGGUCCCGAGGAGCAAGCCCGCGGCGGCGUGUGCCCAAGACGCCAAGUAGCCGCCGCCGCGUGGGAGCGGCGCGGUGCCUUCCGAUUUAGUUGUUCCGACUCCCCCUUCCUCUGUUCGGUUGCGCGCACUCUGUAUGUUUUUCCUCUCUCUCUGGGCGGUGGUUGAGGCCGCUGGUAGUUAGGAUCGAUUCUGCUGUUGCUGAAGUCGCCGCGGCGGACAGCAGCGGCGGCUGUGUUAGGUCUACCAAUGAAGGGGCAUUUAGGGCAGGCUGGCCGGCCGAAGCUGUGGGCUCAGCGCGGCUUCGCUGCCGCCGGUGACCCCCGGAGAGGGAAGGAGGACGACGGGCGCGUUGCAUGAGAGACUCAGCCCGGGGAGAGGGGGGUGGAGGCAGAGCAGGCGGAGGCGUCGAGCCAGCCAGCGGCAGGAGCAGAGACCCGUCCCAGCAGCCGGGGAGAGAGAGGCGUUUUCCAGCGGUCGCCUCCCUGAAUCGUGCCCCAGCCAAGUUGCCUCCAAAGUUGAUUCCCGGCCGCAGGGGAAGUUCGGGCUUAGGCUGGGCAAUGAUCUUCCCCAAUAGCAGCAGCAACUCUGCGGGCGGCAGCAGGACUCCUUAUAGGAAACAGCAGCCCAUUGUGCCUGCCCAUCCAAUGGCUCCUCCUAGCCCCAGUAUCACCAGCAGCAAUAACAACAGCAGCAGCAGCAGCAGCAACUCAGGAUGGGAUCAAUUAAGUAAAACAAACCUGUAUAUCAGAGGGCUGCCUCCAAAUACCACUGACCAGGACUUAGUAAAGCUAUGCCAACCGUAAGUACACUUGUUGAAAAUAAAUUGAGAAAUGCAU